AUGCCCAAUAAGAAUCCAACCUUGAAUUUUAAAUCCUCAUCGAUGGCAUUCAUUCAAAUGGAAAACAUAUCAUGGUUUUUGAAACUAUGUGAGAUAAUCAAUUUGCCUCAAGACGAGAUCUUUCAAACUGUAGACUUGUUUGAAAGUAAAGAUCCUUAUCAAGUUUGUAUCACAUUAAUGUCGUUCUCACGAAUCGUACAUGAAAUGAAUCCUCAAACAUUCACAAUGGUUAUUGGGCCAAAAAGAGUCAGAAAAAAACCCGUUAUACCAAAUAAACCUCGAGCUUUAAGAAGUUAA